AUGCUGCUUCGAACGGCGCUGAGGUCCCGGGUAUCGGUAUCGGUAUCGCGCCCGGUGAACUUCCAUCUAGCUCGCUCCGUAUCAUCUGCACCGCUUAUUCAAAUCCAAAAUGGCACAUUUUAUCGGCAAUAUCCGACAGAGAACGAUACCUCGACCAAUCCACCUCUAUAUGCGAACUUCAGCUUCACUCUCCCCUCUCAAAUCUCAGCCUUGGAAACCCAAAAAACACCCUUGCAACAUUGGGCUAUAAUCGGUACAUCGGGACGGACUGAUCUGCUAGACGUCUUCCGUGGCCAGCAUAUUUGUCUUCCACCUACCGCGCGAUCUUAUCCUUACCUCCUCACAGACGAAAUUGCCGCCAAGGAUCCGGAAUUGCGCUAUGUUGGAAAUGCAAUUCGGUAUAUCGGUUUUAGUGGGGAAGGCUCUGGGGCUAUUGGUGGCACUCGUGGCGCAUACUUAAGUGCACGCUACGAGAGCCUGCGGGAGGAAACCGACUGGACGGUAGAGCAGUUUCUCCGUGGCCAAACGUCGCUGAAUCCUAUGGAAGGAGAAGAGAAGGGAACAAUCCAUGAUGAAGAUCUCAUUCAAGAGGUGAUCGCCGAUCUACAUCUGUCAGAGUUGCUUGACAUGCCUAUUGCGAACCUCAGCAAUGGCCAAACUCGAAGAGCCCGCAUUGCAAAGGCUCUCCUUAAGAAGCCCGAGCUGCUGCUUCUAGAUGAGCCCUUCAUGGGACUUGACCCGGCCACCGUCCGGAGCAUUUCUGGAUUGCUCCAUCGUCUGGCUCAAAAGUCCUCUCCUCGAUUGGUCCUAGCCUUACGUCCGCAGGACACAGUCCCGGAGUGGAUUACUCAUCUAGUUGUGGUGGGAAAUAACCACCACGUCAUCCAGCAGGGCUCGCGCGCCAAGAUUAGCCAAGCGCUGGCUAUCUGGAAGCAACUCACGAGUGGUGACCCUUCAAUCAAGGGCUUGAAUGACACAGAGAAGAGUAUUAUCCGACAGGCUAAGGUGGACUUGAAGUCGGGUGCUCUUGAUCAACAAUUGAUUCAAGACCUUAGUGCCAAAGAUGUUACGAAACCAAAUUGGAAGGAAGUCCCGCCCGUGUUGGGAGGAAAGCCACUGAUUGAAAUGGAUGGUGUUCGUGUCCAGUAUGGUGAUAAGGUUGUUCUGGGCAACUGGACUCAGAACGUGAAUGGAGAGCCCAGGGAGGGUCUCCAUUGGCGUGUGCGGCAAGGCCAACGCUGGGCGAUUCUCGGUGCCAACGGGUCUGGCAAAACAACUCUACUCUCCCUCAUCACUUCUGAUCACCCGCAAGCAUACGCCCAGCCCAUCAAAAUUCUCGGCCGGUCGCGUUUACCAGAAGUAGGCAAACCUGGCAUCUCCAUUUUCGAACUCCAGUCUCGCCUCGGACAUUCGUCUCCCGAAAUCCAUGCUUUCUUCCCACGUCAAUUGACGGUGCGGGAAUCCCUCGAGUCAGCUUUCGCAGAGACAUUCCUAUCCAAGCCCGUGCUUAAUUAUGAGCGUGACCUUGACGUAAGUGCAGCCUUGCGGUUUUUUAAGGCCGAGCUUGAUCCAAAUGCGAGUGUCACGAUGAAGCAAGGGCCCCCCUUCAUCACCACCAACACCGAUAUUUUUCCUCGUCUUGGCUCCACCGGAAACAACAAGCCUUACAUUCCGUCCGACUACGAUAUUGACUAUGCCGACAAUGUGACAUUUGGCCAACUCACUACUGCACAACAGCGUAUUGUGCUUUUCUUAAGAGCACUCAUCCACAACCCCGAUAUUGUAGUCCUCGACGAGCCUUUCUCGGGCCUUUCUGCUUCCCAGCGUGACAAAUGUCUACACUACAUAGACCACGGCGAUAGACCGUCUGCGUUUAAUCGGGCCUCGAGUCGAGGACUCUCUCGGUACAAGGGCCUUUCAGAGGACCAAGCCCUUGUCCUCAUUAGCCACGUCAAGGAGGAAAUUCCCGAAAGUGUUCGGUACUACAUGCGGUUGCCAUCAGAGCCGGGAGAUGGCACCGAGCCUUUAGAUUUCCGUUUUGGUCUGCUCAAAAACCUCAGCGUCCUCAGUGACCCAAAGGUAUGGGAUGCCGCUUGGGCACCACCGUCUCAAUUCUCGGAAUCCGCACAGAGAACUCGCAAACGCCAUGAGAUACCAUCGGAUAUAGACGUGUACGAGUGGUUUUCGUUUUGA